GAGAGUGAGAGAGUGAGAUCCGUGAAUGAUUUAAUAUAUAAAUAUAAAGAUUGGAGUUGAACGUUUACUAUUGUGAAAAAAAGAGUUACCUUUGUAUGUGAAUUAUUGAUUGAUUGUUAUGAGUGGGCAGCAAUUUAGUUAAUCAGUUGACAUAAACAGGUUACCAGGACUGAUUACAAUUAUUAUAAUUAACUUGAUCUUUACCGGUUUCCAGGUCUCAGGGCAAAAUCUUCAAUCAGUAACAAUUUAAUUUUCUAACCCAAAUAUUAUUUGUAAACUUUGAUUAUGUGAACUGAAUCAUUACCACCAAGUAACAUCAUUUUAUUUUUAACAACAAUUAACUGAUUGUGCCAAUACGAUAUAUUCAACAAUAUGGAUACAAUCAACAGUUUCAGUUAUUUAUUAAUCAUAUUUUUGUCAACAACAGUGUUGAUUAAUUGUGAUACUAAUCAAAAUACUUUGGCUAAACUUGAUUGUCAAGAAGGUGAAAGUCAAAGCUUCAAAUAUUCAAGUGAAACAAACCUAUGGGGACCUAUGGAAGAGCUGAUCGCCGUUUCGGCCUUGGUUGACAUUGACUGUAUGGGUCGCGAUAAUAAAACGGGUGCACUCAAAUAUAUGGUUCAAAUUUCAAAUGUUAAAACUGAUCUUAAAAGAGACGGAAAGGUAAUUAAUUUGGGCCAUCGAUCUGAAAUGGGAAAGAUCGUUCGAAGACGGGAGAAACGAAGUGAAAUGUCCGAUUGGGUUGCGAACUCUUGGGAGAAGAUAAAAUCAUUUUUCACUCGAUUUCUUCGAAAAUCAUUGGAGAAACGAUUAGAAGAUAAAAUAGAACUUGACCUGGAAGGUCGAGGAUGUGCACUCACUAGUUCGAAAGAUGCAACAACAACGUCGACCCCAAGUUCAACGAAUCGACCAAAGAGAUCAACAAACAGUAAUGGCGUUGAUCAUUUGUUGGAUGAGAAAAUUGAAUUACCAUUUGAAUUCAUUCAAUUACCUGAAGGUCAAAUUCCUGAGAUACGAUUGAGUAAACAGGAAACGAAUGAAGCUGUUAAGAACUUUAAGAAACACAUAGUCGAUACUUUUGCGACACAAUUAUCGAGAAACAGAAAAUCAAGCGUUGAAAAAAGUCCCAUUGGUGAACAUAUUUCCCAUUACGAGUACCACGAAGUAUCACCCGAUCAGCCGAUUGAAGAGACACUUUCAGUCGCCGGUUACCCAACAUUAUACGCGAUUAAUAGGAAAGGAAGGAUUAAUGAAAAUGAUCAAUCACAAUCAAAUGGUUCCAAUAAAAAGGUUCAGGUCAUCAGGGCGAUUACGAGAGACGAUGUUAUUAAAGUCGGAAGUGGAUCAGUUUUAAUCCAUGAUCCUGAUCAGGUAAACAUAUCGAUUCGUCAAGUACAAGAAAUUGUCAAAGGUCGAUUGACAGAAACAGCUGGUUUAAUCUCUGUUGAUUUAACAAGACCAAUGGAUCCAGAUAUAAGGCGAAGACGUAAACGAGCCUCUUAUGGUAAUGAUGAUGAACUUGAUGGUUACAUGAAGGUUUUAACAGCUUAUACAAUGAAUUCACGUCCUAAUCAAAGGAAUAAACGAGAUAUUAAUGAGAGAUUUUCUAAAUUGAGAAAAGCCGAAGCCGAUCUUGAUCUAGUCUCAGACUCUCUUGUUGCUACUUCAUCACCAGAUACAGAAAAUCAGGAUAAAUUGGCUCGUCUUCAAGGGUUAAUAAGCCAAAUCGCUUUGUCCCAACAGUCCCUUGACUUUACCAAAGACUCUGAUUAUCGGCAUCCAGAUUUUGAUCUAUUGAUCUCUGCUCUUCAAAUUGAAUCUAAAUUGAAACUCGCUGAAACCGAUGGAUCCUCGUUAUCCACCAUGAUCCGGUUAACCGUAAAUCGACAAAAACUUGAAACAAAUUGUGGUUCUAUUGGAAGUGAAUUAAAUUUAACCAAAUGCCACGACUUAUUGGUAAUCUCGACGAUUGCUGGUUCACCGGCUGCAAUUCAAAUCGUCACCGAAUCAUUUUUAUACGAUCCCGCUGGUACUUCAGCCAUUCUAAGCCGAGUUGAUCAUCCAUCUGACGAGCUAAUACAAAGUCUAAUCAAACAAUUUCUCAAGACAACAACCACGCCAGCAACUGAAUCAGCUAAAGGAUCAAUGUUAAUGACAAUCAGCAGUUUAACUUACAAGUCGGAAAAUGUUGGAUUGAAAAAAUCUGUCGCUAAAUUGUUGAUGAAAGAGCUCGAUGGGACUACUUCGAUUAAAUGUGAUUCCUUGUACACUUUGGACAUUCUCGAAGCAAUUGGAAACCUUGGUGGUGAAUCUUUUGUCCAGCGUUUGAUUGACCUUUCAAUUGGACAAUGUUCAUCAUCCGAAUCAGCGACAAUCGGAAUUAUUCAUGGUCUUCGAAAGAUGACCAAUCAACCUCAAGUUAUUGAAUUUCUAACAACAUUAGUUAAAAAUUCAUCUGUCGAUUGUUCAAUUCGUAAGGAGAUAAUUUCAACUCUUUUUUCAUCGAAACUCAUCACAACCAAUGGAUCUCAACAAAAGCAGCAAUUUAAAUUUUCCAAUCCUUCAGUAACAAUUCCAGAAAUUGGCGAUUUGAAUGAAUCAAUUUUAAGCUCUAAUAAUUCAGCUGACGAUUGUGUCAAAGAGGCGUUGAGCAGAAUAUUAAAAAUUGAAGAAACCCAGCCGAUCCUGAGACAACGAAGAUCAGCUGAUAAGGGUUUCUGGGACGAUUCUACUUGCACUGACUAUUCACCGACUUCAUCUUCGACUCAAUCACCAGAUUUCCCAAUGGUCUCUGAUGGUAAUAAAAAGGCAAAGAAAUCAAGGUCAGAAUCAUCGUCAUCUCAUAAUUAUGUUCAACGGCGAAAGUGUUCAGCUACUAAAGCUUUUGGGCCUAAACAAGUUCAAGCGAUUCUAAGAGCUGAUAUUAUCAAUGAUAUUCUAGAUGGGAGAGAGAACCCUGAUUAUAAAUUAACGGCCAAUUUUGGUUUAUCCUCUCAUGUGCUUGGUAAAAAUGUCGACGUUGGUGGAAUGUACUUGUAUGCAAAGCGGAACAUGAGUCGAGCUUAUGUUAGUCUAUUUGGUCAAACGCUCUUGGACUCACAACGUGAGUCUUGUGACCCAAGGCCACUUGAACCUUAUCGUUAUACCGCUUAUGUGCCAUUGUAUGAUUUCAAUGUUUGGGUGGUUCGACUUGGCCUUGGAUUACGAUUUAACGGUGAAUUGGCUUUUGACCAUUUUAAGUCAAAUUGUGACUUGCGAAGUGAUGAUAAAAAGCGAUCUGAAAAAUCAUCAACGGAGACUGAAGAUGAGCUUCUAAUUAAACCUGGUGCACAAUUAAGAGUCGCUGGAGAGACCUCAGGAACGAUUUUACUGUUGCGAGGAGGAAUCGAUAUCGGUGGUGACUUUAAUUACCAAUCAGAUCUACAAUUUAGACCUAAACCUGGGUUUUGUUUAACGGCUCGAAACGCUCACCAACCAAUGAAUGUCUCAGUUCAACCCUGGUUCCAGUUUUGGGACACUAGUUGCCAAGAAUGGAGCAAUCGACACACUUAUCGACCUGAAACAUUGAACUGGCAGGUUACCGAAAGUCGUAGUAGUCCUUGGUUCGAAAACGAAUGCAUCGUCAAGAAAUGAGAUCAAUCGCUCAAUCAAAUUUAUAUUUUCCUCAAAUUGUAUAAUUUAAUUUUUGACCUUUAAAUGUAUUGUUUAUAUGAACUAAAAUACAAUUUAAGACUUUGAUGGCCAAUAUGGGCUAAGCCGAUUCUCUUUUCAUGUAAAUCAAACUGUGUAACAUGAACCCAUAAACGAUAAAAGUCCAAAGGCUUUUUCCUCAUUA